AUGCAUUUCCCGAAUAAUACUUUAGGAAAUAUUGCUUCUCUACUGGCCAGAAUACCGAGUAACGGUCUUGAUCAUAAAGCUUUCUGCGAAAGAGUUUGUGAAACACAGAUCGGACAAGUAACCUUUAACGAUCGAGCUCUUAGUGUCUCUCUCACUAAAUCCCCUGAUGAUAUUCAUCUUCUCGAUUCUAUCGAAGCAAAGAUCGACUCGAACGAUCGUAAUAGCGUGACAGUAGAAGCUGAUUUCUCGUGGGAUGGCAGUAUAGUUCAAUCAUGGGAUAAACCAAAAAUGGAAGAAAUUACUGUUCUGUCACGUCAGAAGAUUGAAAAAGUACGAAAACUCGUUGUCGUACCAAAUGAAAAAUUGGUGGAAGUUGAGCAAGCGCAAGAAGAAAUUAUACCGAAACGUACAAUUGAACAAAUUCGACAACAAAUACUUAGUCAACGUAUUCUUGAUAUUUAA